UUGAAAAAUCGGAAAGUCUACAUAGGUGCGCCUACGGGUUCCACAUCCUUUGGAAGGAUGUCUGAAAGAUCCCAAAGUCCGGAGUGCCAAAGCCGGCCUUAUGAUUACAGCCGGGUGAACCCUUGCGGCCAAGUUUUGGAUCAAGAAAGCUUGGGCAACGGGUCGUCGUUCCAGCUCACCCAUGGCGUUUUUGCGGAUCCCAGCCUGCUGUACAACAAAAGCGCGUAUGGUGGAAUCGCCUCAUCGUCAGCUCAGAGCUUUUUCCCAUUCCCACCCGGUGCCGGGGAUUUCAGGGGAUCCGAUCUGCAGGCUGGAGACUUUGGGCAACCAAAGCAUUGGUAUCCCUUCGCUGCGCCCGAGUACACCGGCCAGGUACCCGGCGUAACGGCAGCAGCCCAGCCCUCAAACCUGAGCCCCCCCAUCGCCGAGACUCGGGAGCAGAUCAAGUUGCCCGAAAUCAAAACUGAGAAGGACACCGGUGACGACUACUCAACGGAGACCAAGAUUCAGCAAUACCAGACCCAGCCAGCCUCCGCGGCCAUGCCCCACGGCGUCUUCUACUCCGCAGCCUGGAACCCGUCCUUCUGGCCCGGGAUCACCCACAUUCCCCCUCAGCCCAACAACGGUCAGAAUCCCUCUGCCUCUCUGGCAUCUUCCCCGUCCAUGUCUCCUUCGCCCCCGGGCAACGGGGGUCCAGGUAGUGCGUUUUUCGGCGUGAAUACGAGCCAGUCCACCAGCGAGCCCCAAACGCAGAACCAGACCUCCUCCACGCGGAGCACGGGCUCCUCCAGCGGAGGCUGCAGCGAUUCUGAGGAGGAGAACCUCUCUACAGAGGAACUGGAGCAGUUUGCUAAGGAACUGAAACACAAAAGGAUAACUUUGGGCUUCACCCAGGCAGAUGUUGGCCUUGCCCUAGGUAACUUAUAUGGUAAGAUGUUCAGCCAGACCACCAUCUGCCGCUUCGAGGCUCUGCAGCUGAGCUUCAAGAACAUGUGCAAGCUGAAGCCCCUUCUGCAAAGGUGGCUCGACGAGGCAGAGACUUCGGAAAAUCCUCAAGACAUGUACAAGAUUGAGCGGGUUUUUGUUGACACUAGAAAGAGGAAGCGGAGGACUAGUCUGGAAGGAGCGGUGCGCUCUGCUCUGGAGUCCUACUUUAUCAAGUGUCCCAAGCCAAAUACGCAAGAGAUCACGCACAUCUCCGAUGACCUGGGCCUGGAAAGAGACGUGGUGCGUGUUUGGUUCUGCAACAGGAGGCAGAAAGGAAAGCGCCUGGCCUUGCCGCUGGAUGAGGAGAAUGAUGGCCAGUACUUUGAACAAAGUCCUUCUCCACUCAACAUGGCACCUUCCCCCAUCCCCGGCCAAGGCUACCCAACGUCCAACUACCCUGGAGCGCCUCCACCCACACUCUACAUGCCCCCACUUCACAGGCCCGAUGUCCUCAAACAAACCCUGCACCCCGGACUGGUUGGUCACCUGACUGGAUAGACCGGGUGGGCAGUCCCACCCACACCAGAUAGCUAUCCAUCUUAGCCGAGUCGAGCUGGAAAUGAGAUCUUAAUCUAGUAACUUGAUGAACCAAUAUCUCUUGGGUCAAAGAACCAUUCCAAGCAAAGUGGGAUAGCUUGCUGUCUUGUGAGCCACCUCUUGUCAUCACCAACCACUUUGACCUAAAAAAACAACUCUGAGGGGAUGAUUUAAACCGACCGUGCCUUUCUGCUUGUGUUGAUACAUUGCUUAAGUUAUUCCAAAGCUUUAAUCACUGCAACUUUAAGCGAACGAUUUAAUUCAUGGCUCAAAUGGUAACCAUUGAAUAUUUGGGUUGUCAAAGGAAAAGAUAGCUGAUAUUUGUGCAAUACUUGAGUGCCAUCCACAACUUAUUUUUUAAAAGACAAUUGUUUUUACUGAAUUUGGCGCAGGUUAAGGUUAAAUGUGGCCCACAACCAGCAGUUUAGUUUUGCACAGACUUGCUUGUCAAUGUUGAUCAAUCUUAUCUUGAAACAUUUCAUAGUGUAUGGUUUAUGAAAUAUUGUUUUUUGUCAUUUCUGCCACUUUGAGGUAUCUAAGCUUUUUUUUUUUUUUGUUGAACUGGAAUAUGUUCUUUUAAU